UACCCGCAGAGGGUGGACUACACUGACUCGACAGGUAGAUUACAGAAGAGGUAAAGAAUACGACAGAAAAUUAAACUUUAGUUGGUACACACCAUAGAAAAUGGCUUUGCACAGCCGGCUGUCUGUAACACAGAGAGUGUUGCUAGCUGUCAUUUGUUUCCCUCUUCUCCCGUUUUACCUGUGCUAUCUAUGUUGCUGUGCCACCGAAGAAGAUGCCAAUGAACAAGAGGAGCACAGACUUGAGCGUAUGGAGCAGGGCAAGCGGAACGCUGCUGAGGGCUCCUGCAAUGUAGGAUUUGCUGAGGCUGGGAAACAUCAACAAGCUGAGGUUUUCCCAGGCAGUACCAUUCAAGUGGAGAUUCAUCCAAUAAAAAGAUCACAGCGACUGUCAAAGAAGUUGUCUUUUGGCAAAGUAAGAAGAGAAACCAGGGAAAAUAAUACCAUAUAUGAUAAUAAGGGAUUUGUUGAUGAUACAAUAAAAACACAUAACAGCAAAGAAAAGACAAAUUAUGCUUAUCCCUGGGACCGAUCCAACCUGAAGUCCUUCCCAGUUGACUUGGGUAAAUUCAGACAGCUUGAUGCCUAUUCUUCAAAGGUGAAAGCAAAGAGCAGCGUGGAGGUCCUGGUUCAGGAAGUUGUGAAGCAAGCACACAGCGAGCUUGAAAAAGUCAGAGCCAUCUGGAUGUGGGUCACCCACAAUAUUGAGUAUGAUGUGGAGGGUUUUCACAACCCUGGGCUCCGGUGUGGUGCAGCUGAAGAAGUCUUAAGAGCAGGGAAGGGGGUGUGUGGUGGAUAUGCCAGCUUGUUUCAGAAGAUGUGCAGUCUUGCAGGAAUUAAAUGUGUGGAAGUGUCUGGAUAUGCAAAGGGUUAUGGCUACCAGCAAGGGAUGCACUUCACAGGAAAGUCAGAUCAUGCCUGGAAUGCUGUUGUUCUGGAGGAGAAAUGGCACCUUCUAGACAGCACAUGGGGAGCUGGGAAAUGCAACGACGACUGCUCCAAAUUCACAUUUCAGUAUGAUGAGUUUUAUUUCCUCACUCACCCGGCCCUCUUUGUUGGGAAUCAUUUCCCUCUGGAGAGGCAGUGGCAGCUGCUGGAGCCUCCGCUUUCUCUGAGACAGUUUGAAAAUGCUCUGGAUAAGAAAAGCUGUUUUUAUAACCUUGGCCUUCUUUCCAUCCUCCCAGAGUCGCCUCAGAUCCAAGCAGGAAGAGAAGGAAAAGCUACAGUCAUGAUAGAGAGCUCCUCCCCUGUGCAGUUCAUGCAUACGCUGAAUGAGAAACAGGAGGACGGGAUUCUUACAUUGAGGCCCGAUGGCAUGAAGCUAGAGAUCUACCCACAGCAAUCUGGGAAGCAUAGCUUGAAAAUCUACGCCAGCAACCACGAUGCCGGAGAAGAAUACAGUUUUGUGUGUGAGUACCAGCUCCAGUGCAAGUCCGUCAACAAGGAGAUGAGGCUGCCGGCUGGUUUCAGCAACCCGGUGGGUCCGAGCUGGCUGACAGAAAGCAAGGGUCUCCACAGGCCCUCCCAGUGCGGUCCUCUCAUCCACACCCAGGACGGCCGGUGUUUCUUUGGCUUCUCUGUGGAGAAAGACCUCAGCUUCACCAGCAAGCUGAUCACAGCCGCUUUCUGCAUGACCGACGAUGAGCAGAGGCGACAUAUUUUUGUGUCCAGGAACGGAGACUGGGUGGAAUUUAAACUUCAGCUUCCAAGGGCCGGAUUGUAUGUGUUCAACAUAUAUGCCAAGAAAAAGUCAGUGCCGGGGAACAGCUAUGACUUUGUCUGCAAUUACCUGAUAUCCUGCACCGAUUCCAGUGUGCAGUGGCCUGUUUUCCCUCUGGCUUAUGCCUCCUGGAUGGAGGAAUAUGAACUGGUUGAACCACUUGUUGGGGUACUCCCCGCCAACCGCGAUGUGCGGUUCAAGCUGAAGAUCCCCAAAGUGGCGUCAGUGUCGGUGAGUGGCACAGACACCCACAAACUGACCCAGGAUGUUGAUGGAUACUGGACAGGCACCUGCAGCACUAGAGGCUGCAAAGACCUGAAUGUCAUGAUACAAGAGAAACAUAACGACCGCUCGUACUCCUUUGUACUCAAUUACCAAGUGAAGAAUGACUAGAGGGUGUUCGCCUUCAUUACUUGAGGUUUCUGCACAAAGCAGCACAUUUGUCUUCUGCUCAUCUGUGUUGGUAAAAAACACUGCAGCACUGGUGCUAAAGGUGCUUCACAAAACAAUUUAAUCUCAGGUAAUAAUAAUAAUAACA